AGUGAGUGAAGAGAGAAAGGGAAGAUAACAAGCGAGUGAAUGAAAAGAGAGAAAGGAGUUAGUGGAUUGGAGAGAGGGAAAGAGAAGGAUAAGAUAGUAAAUGAGUAAAAAAAAGAGACAUAGAGAAUGUAAUGAAUGAAUGGAAGAGAGAGAGAGAAGUUAGUAUGUGAAAAAAUGAGACAGAAAAAUAUGAGUGAGUGAAAAAGACAGAAGUUAGUGAAUAAAUAAGAGAGAGAGAGAGAGAGAGAGAGAAGGUAGUGAGUGAGAUUGAGUAGCAGACCAGGGCAAGCGGGUCUGUUAAUUUCUUCACACGAUCAGUGGCGCUUUCUGCUUUUACCAGAACCAUUUUCUCCCCGUUGCUGAUAGGUUUGUAACUACAGCAUACGUACACACACUCCGGGAAGAUGAAUUGCCAAAGAAAUGUCAUUAUAUGCAAAGGUCGUGCUCCGCGUACUUCAAAGUUACAAAAACCGAGACCAUUGAAAAGAGAAACCUUAAAUGGUACACAAAACGGGAAUAUUUUCUGUGGUGGAUUCUACCUCCUAAGCCCUACUGAUCCAGAUGUUGAUUUGAAUAAUCAUAUACCAUCGACGUCCACCAAUGGUAAACUAUGUGAGAGAAAAAUUAGUCUUCAAAAUGUUCUGCAGAACAAGGCAAAUUUUGUGAUCCAAAGGAGUCUAUCUCAUGAGCCCCUAAGUGAGAGCAGUCCAUCAGUAUUGGUAAGGAGAAUUGUCUACUUGCAAUGA